AUGGCUCGUUGGUUUCUCUUCUUCUUCCUCGUCUCUUUUGCUACUGCUUGUGAUCGUUGUGUUCAUCGAUCCAAAGCUACUCAUUACUAUGGCGAUUCACCUACUUCAUAUGGAGGAGCAUGUGGUUAUGGCAACUUAGCAUUGGAAUUUACCAAUGGCUACUUUGCAGCUGCUGUGCCUUCUCUCUACAAACAAGGAGUUGGCUGUGGUGCCUGUUUUCAGGUGAGAUGCAAGGACAAAAGAUUAUGCAACACAGCAGGAACUAAAGUUGUUUUGACAGAUCAAAAUUAUGAUACUAGAACAGAUUUUGUUCUCAGUAGAAAAGCUUUCUCUGCCAUGAGUUUGAAAGGAAAAGAUCAAGAUCUUUUGAAUUCUGGAAUUGUCGACAUAGAAUAUAAGAGGAUACCUUGUGCAUACAAGAACAAAAAUUUAUCAGUACGAGUCGAAGAAUCAAGUUAUAACCCACAGUAUUUAGCCAUUAAAGUCUUGUACCAAGGUGGCCAAACAGAGAUAGUUGCUGUGGACAUAGCUGAGGUUGGUUCAUAUGAUUGGGUGAGUUUAAAGAGAAACUAUGGAGCUGUUUGGGACACUAAUAAAGUGCCAAAAGGAGCAUUAAAGAUGAGAAUUGCAGUAACUGCAGGGUACGAUGGAAAAUGGUUGUGGUCAAAUUAUGUGCUUCCUGCUGAUUGGAAAAACGGAAUGAUUUAUGAUACAAGACUUCAAAUUGAUGAUAUUGCCAAAGAGAGUUGUCCUCCAUCGCAAUGCGGCGAUGCACCAUGGAAAUGA